AUGGCUUCUACGGACCUGACCAUACGCAGCGUUUGGAGGUCCCUCAAGGAAGGGUAUCGGUCAAAGGUUCCGUCGGAGCUGCAACUUCUUGAUUCGUACGUUGCUUUCCUAGCAGUUGUACUGGGUGUUAUCACGAGUUUUGCAGCGGUCGUAGGCACCUAUCCGUUCAACUCGUUACUAGCGGCUGCUUUUUGUCUCAUCGGGAGCGCUGUGUUAACCGUCGGUUUACGGAUGCAGAUCAACGCCCGUAACCGAACCAAAUUGAACCGCUGGGAGCACCGAUCGUUCGAGAGUGCGUACGUAGGCUGGCUUCUGGGUCACCUGGUGCUGUUUCUCACAGCCGUGAACUUUGUUGGUUGA